AUCUCGUAAAGUAUUUCUGUCCCCGUGAACUCAGAUGAAGUUGUUCAAUUCCUCGUCCUUCGUCAAGCUGUCUAUCAUGGCUUCGAAACCGCAACAACUCCGUCCUCUUGCGGGGACAUCACGGGCAAAAAGGGAAAGAACGAUUACCUCCAAUUCUUCUGUUUCUGAAAGUGCUGAAUCAAAUCCAAUGAAAGACGCUUUCGCCAAAUAUGCGAAUUACCUCAAUGACCUGAACGACAAACGGGAAAGAGUGGUGAAGGCAAGUCGGGAUGUUACCAUGAAUAGCAAAAAGGUCAUAUUCCAGGUGCACAGAAUAGGUAAACAAAACAAAGAUGAAGUUCUAGAAAAGGCAGAAAAAGAUUUAGCUGUGGUGAGAGACCAAUAUGUAUCCCGUCUAGCAAAAGAACUUCAAGGAACAGAUUUUUGGAGGCUAAGACAAGCAUAUUCUCCCGGGGUUCAAGAAUACAUUGAAGCUGUGACACUGUUUAAUUUCUGCAAGGCUGGAACCCUUUUGGACCUUGAUGGUGUCAAUGCUGCCCUACGACCAUUAAGUAACCCGUCCAUGGAGCCAUUGCAGAUCAAUAUUAUUGAUUAUGUCUUAGGGCUUGCGGACUUGACAGGAGAGCUGAUGAGGUUGGCAAUAGGUCGAAUAUCAGAUGGUGAAGUUGACUUUGCUAAGAAGAUCUGCACAUUUGUUCGUGAAAUCUAUAGAGAGUUGACACUUCUGGCACCCGUGAUGUAUGACUCUUCAGACAUGAAAACAAAGAUGGACACAAUGCUCCAAAGCUUAAUGAAAAUAGAGAAAGCUUGCUUUAGUGUACAUGUUAGAGGAUCAGAGUAUAUUCCGCCUCUUGGAUCAGCUGAUGCUAGAUUUCCAUUGUUGGGAGAGGAUGACAUUGAACGAUGAAGUACACAUCUCAUGAAAACUUCCCAACGAUCUCUUUGAAAUCUUGAAAAAUGAUGUUCAAAUAUGUUUCUUAGCAAUGAAUGACCCCGUUUUCCACUGAUUACACUAAAUUUAUGUUUCCUUUAGUUACUUUUCAUAUUUGCACUUUAAUCCCUGAAAAAAUGGAAAAUGAUUUAGAA